UCUAAAUCAGACGGCAGAAGCUUCUCCCACACAGUGUCGGAUUCACAGACUGAUAAAAGCUGCUUUGAUACUGCCGACGAUCGCAGGACAUCGCUCACUGAAGUCAGUGAUAAGAUAUGCGCGUUACAUUCAUCAGGCAGCCAGCCAGGGCACCAUAUAUUCAAAUAUAUCAAUCGUCGACUUUCCCUCCACCCAGGCCCUACUAUGUAUGAGCUGAGCAGUGAGCACCACUCGAGUCAUUUUCUCAAUGCAAAUUGCAAAGUGGUCCAUUGUGUUUGUCUAAAUUUUUACUAUGGUUACAAAGUGGAUUGAGCCCGGGUCUAGGAACUACUAUUACUAGUUAUGAAAAUGGCUUCCAAAAUUAGUACUAGUAACUAUGAAUUGGUAAGAAGAAAUCAUGAGACUGUAUAAACCAGAAAGGUAAUACUUAAGUUGUCUAUUUGACUAUAUAAUAUACUUCAGGUAUUUAAUUGUAGAUGUUAACAUGUUUCGUGGUUUGCUCUUGCCAAAAGAAAGAACACAGUGUCGAGUUAGAGUUAAUCAAUAAGUGUCAAAAUUGUACAUUUGCCUCUAGAUGUGCAAAAAAAGCAAAUUUAUUAUCACUAUAUGGCUCAACCAAUUACCUAAUAAAUAAAAGUCCACAAUUUCAUAAUUAUCAUUUAGCUUUACAGGAAGACUUACAUCUCCUUAUAGGAAGAAUAAUAAGUUCAUAAUAGUGAUAAACAUUUGGUGUUUAUAAAAAUAAGUAGUAUAAUAAUUUAAAGGGAUUUGUGGAUAGUUCACGAUAACUACCAAAUUGCCAUCGUUAUAACAGAUUCUGUUAUCUUCUUCCUCAGCAGCAAACUUAUGUUAUCUUAUAGUGCUUCAACUGUUUUAUGGAUUCUAGAACUACCUGAGUUGUUCAUAAAGUAGUCCCUGGGCCAAUUCUAUACAUUGUGUCCAUUCUUGAUUACAUUUGCAUUUUUGCAGUUGCCUUUUCCCUUCAGAAAAAAGAUCCUCUUCUGAUUUGUUCUUCAGAUUCUUUUCCUGGUUCAUCAUUAAAUUCAAAAAGUGUUCCCUUUUGUUCUAGAUUCACUUUGCCAUCCCCUUUCAUUGUUUGGAAAAGAAAAAAAAAGCUAGAAAAAGUGUCAUACAGUCAUCUGUUCUCCAGAUUCAGUUUUACUAAUCUAUAAACAUGGAAGCAGUGAGUACCUAUGCAGUUGUUCCCUUUAUCUCGGGUCUCUUUAAUGUCCUGCUUGAUCGGUUGGCACCUCAGAAUAUGAGGGAAUCCUUGAUGGGACAUUCAACUGCUCAUGAGCUUUCGGAGCUGAGAAAGUCAAUGCUUAGAGUGAGACGGGUGAUCAACGAUGCAGAGCAGAAGCAGGAUACUGAUCCAGAUGUGAAGAACUGGGUUAAUGAAGUGAAGCAUGCUGUGUACGAUGCUGAAGAUCUCUUAGAUGAGAUUCAUACAGAAACUCUUCGGAAAAGAAUGGAAUCUGGAAAUUCAUCUCAAGUCAUUAGUAGUAUUACUGCUACCUUUGGCAGAAUGGUUUCUGUGCUGGAUCCAUUUCAUCAAGGAACAGUUUCUAAAAUUCAUAUUAUCAGUAAAAGAUUUGAAGGAUUUUCUCAACUGAUUGAUGUCCUUCAUCUCAAAUCUGGUUUGGAGAAUCCUCGAGUUUUGUCAUCCUCACGACUCACUUCAAGUUUUGUGGAUGAAUCCAUGAUAUGUGGUAGAGAUUCAGAAAAAGAAUUAUUUAUUCAGCUGUUGCAGGAUGGUGUGCCGAAAACUGAUGAGCGCGGCAGCUUGAUCAAAGGAUCAAGGUUUCCAGAAGGUAGCAUUCGCACAUUUGCUAUCAUUGGGAUGCCUGGAAUUGGGAAGACAACACUUGCUCAAUUAAUAUUUAAUGAUCCUAGAGUAGAUGCGAUUUUUGACUUUAAAUCAUGGACUUGUGUUCCUGAGGUUUUUGAUGUUAUCAAAAUUAUGAAGUCGAUUCUAAAUUUACUACUUGAGCCCAAUCAGCACUUGGAAGAUUUGGAGUCGAAUCAAACCUCUUUGCGUAAAAGAGUAGCGAAGAAGAGGAUCCUGAUUGUGUUAGAUGAUGUUUGGGAUGAGAACAUGAUCGUUGCUGGAUGGCAAGCCCUGCUCAUCUCAUUGAAGUCUGCCGCCCCAGGCAGUACUAUAAUUGUGACAACAUCCAACGAGGACAUUGCGAAAAUGCUUCGUCCUUUUUAUAUUCAUCUGUUACGUGAACUUUCUCAUGAUGAUUGCUGGACUUUGUUUAGGAUGCAUGCAUUUGGUGAUCCAUGUGCAGCUCCAGAGGUGAAGUUGGAAGCAACUGGUAGAGAAUUAGUUGCGAAGUGUGGUGGUUUGCCACUUGCUAUCAAAGCGCUUGCGGGUCUAUUGUGUUUUUCUUCGGAUGCCAAGGAAUGGGAAAUCAUAAAAAGCAGCAACAUGUGGGAUUUCCCUUCUUGCAAGAAAGAAAUUCUUCCAGCAUUGUUGCUGAGCUAUAACUAUCUUCCUCCACAUUUGAAGAGGUGCUUUGCUUAUUGUUCUAUCUUCCCCAAGAAUUACAACUUUGACAAAGAAAAACUGGUCUUGUUGUGGAUGGCUGAAGGUUUUAUAGAGCAGGAAAGAAAUGGUAAUAGAAGAUUGGAAGAUAUCGGUAGCAUCUACUUCCGUGAUUUACUGGCUCGAUCCUUCUUUCAAAUGUCGUACUCCAAAAAGAAUCACUUUGUCAUGCAUGAUUUGAUUCAUGACUUGGCUGCUUAUAUUAUGGGGGAAUUUGGUUUGAUGCUGGAGCCAAACAUUUCUCACGUUGUCAUGGGAACUCCUCGCCAUAUAUCACUGAAGCAGAGCAAGUAUGAAACAGCUGAAAGGUUUGGGCCCACUGCUUGUACUGACCGUCUACGUACAUUCUUACCAAUUGGAUCCUUCUCCAGCCAGUACCGUUACUACAUAUCUACCAACUUGUUACAUUCAAUGCAGAUGUUUGGUUGCUUGCGUUUGCUGAGUUUGUCCGGUUACAGCAUUACCAGCAUACCGCCCUCUAUUGGCAGCCUAAAGCACCUACGAUACUUGGAUUGCUCUUGCACCUUUAUAAAAGAACUGCCAGAGUCCAUCUGUGACUUGUUAAAUCUACAGACACUUCUCUUGUAUAAUUGCGAACAACUGAGCAUAUUGCCAGUGAUGAUGAGAAAUCUUAUUCACCUGCGUCAUCUGAACAUUCAUGGUACAUGCAUAGAGGAGAUGCCAGAACAUAUAGGCAGAUUAAGCUGCCUUCAAACUUUAACAGAUUUUGUGGCAAGUGACAGUCAUGGAAGUAGCAUCAGAGAAUUAGGGGAACUAUCUCAGCUGAGAGGAAAUCUGAGGAUAUCUGGACUUGAGAAUGUUGUUGCCGAGGCUGAUGCUUUUGCAGCUAAUUUAAGGGGUAAAGAACACCUUGUUGAGUUAGCUUUGGUGCAGCAGGACGACUGCUCUGUUACUAAGAGGCAGCAUGAACAACUAAUGGAUGUGUUAAAGCCUCAUGCGAAUUUGGAAAGACUUAUCAUCGAUCAUUACGAAGGGAAAAAAUUCCCAAAUUGGAUAGGUGAUGAUACAUUCUGUAACUUGAAGGUCCUACAUCUGAAACACUGUACAAAAUGUGUUGCAUUGCCAUCCUUAGGACAGCUGCCUGUACUUACUCACCUACUGAUAAAGGAUUUUGAUAACUUGGCAACUCUGGGUGCAGAAUUUUAUGGACAACAUAGUGCAUCUUCAUCACCAUUCAGAUCACUGAUGACUCUGAAGUUUGAAGGGCUGCAACAGUUAAAAAAAUGGUGCAGGUUUGAAGGUAAUUCUAGUCCAUAUCCUUACUUACAAGAGCUCUACGUGACAGAUUGUAGAGAGCUUGAGGGUGAUCUUCCUUUGGAGCUUCCUUCUUUGGUGGUGCUGAAUAUAAGGGGCUGCCAAAAGCUCUCCGGAACACUUUCCAACGCACCACUUCUCCGUGAAUUACUCCUUAUAGCGUUUGGAAGGGUAGAUUUAGCAAGUAUUACUCGCUUUACCCAUCUUACCACCUUGAUCUUGGAGCAGGUUCAAGAUGAUUCAAUUGCUAAAGUUCAAGAAGCUGUCCGUCACUUGACAUCUCUGGGGAAGCUAACAAUAUCUACAGAGAGGAAGGGGACAAUGGUUCUGCAUCCUUGGCAUUUUCCUGCUUCAAUCAGAUCAAUGACAGUCCUUUCUGAUGAACAACUAAUAUUUGAUGGUGCCUCACAACUGCAACACAUCUAUCUACAACAUAUUUCUUCACCUCUACGAUUUCCAGCAGGCUACUUCCAACUAUUACAUCUUUUGGAAAUAGCAACAUCUGAUGGUCUCACUGAAUUACCGAUUAUCCUAGAUGGGGAUGAUUUGGGUUUUACAUCUCUGCAUGACCUGUACAUUACACAAUGUAAGCGGUUGACGUCUUUCCCAGCCGAAGGAUUCCUUGCUCCUAAUCUCACAACCCUGAACCUCUAUGGAUGUGAUAGCCUUCAGUCACCACCCAAAAGUAUGCUGACCAACUUUCCUUCUCUUCGGUGUCUUUCUUUCGGAAAUUGUUCACAGCUUGAUUUACUUCCAGAGGAUGGUUUUCCUCUUCACUUGUUGACAUUGCACAUUAACGGCUGUCACAAACUUCAAACGUUGCCUGAGGCAAUGUCUAGCUGCAUGUCUCUGGAGUGGCUGGACAUAGAAAAUUGUACUGCAUUUGUACUGUUUCCUGCAAGUGGUCUACCUGCUCAGCUACAAAAGUUACGAAUAUAUGAUUGUGAAAGUCUUGCAUCUUUACCUGAUAGACUCUGCAGCAACCUUAAGCACCUGGAUAUCUGGAAGUGCCCAAGACUCGAGUCAUUUCCUCCAGGUGGGUUGCCUGCUAGCCUAGAGUCAAUGCAAAUAUUUGGCUGUGAGGCGCUCAUCCGGAAAUACGCAGAUUGGCAGCUUGCUAGACUCAUAUUUCUUAAAGAACUAAGCAUUGGAGGACUUGGAGAUGUAGAGUCAUUCCCUGCAGAUGGUUCCCUGCCCACCAAACUCAACAUCCUUAAAAUAGAUCAAUUCUCCAGGCUUAGGUCAGUUAACUGUAAGGAGCUUCAACGCAUCAGUGCCCUCCGUGAAUUUGAGAUCCAGAGAUGCCCAACACUUGUGCUUUUCUCUGACGACUUACCUCAUUCUCUUUGUCGUCUAACCAUUCGACAAUCUCUAUCGAUGGUGAAAAGGUGCCUUGAACCUGAUGGAUACUAUGUAGACAAGAUUUCUCAUAUUACCUGCCUUGAAUUGGACUCAUAAUCUACAUGAGCUACUUUUCUAUUCACUUCAGUCCCCUAUUUUAUGUAAUUGCAGUAUAUAGGGAAUAAUCUUUUUUUUCUAUAGGCAGAUGAAAGGAUGUAAGCUUAAUUUGUGCAGCUCGUUGUGGAAAUUUGCAGACCAAUUAGCUUUAAUAAUACUAUCAUCCUUCUCUGAUCCUCUCCUGUCAAUUAAUUUUUCAUCAAUGGGAUAGUUUUUGUAAUCGUUAUCUUUA